GUGGGGGACAGCAGGUAUAAGAGGAUGGUGUGCCAGUGGGGAGGUGGAUGGCAGCAUGGAUUCCAAGCGGGUUGCUGUGCUGCUGCUAUUGCUGCUGCUGCUGCUGGACUGGGGCCACACUGAAGAACCCGGAAGCCAAGAUGGAAACCAAGUCUUUGCAGAAGAAGAUGAGGGGCCCUACCUAUCACAGUAUGCUCAGACUCUUGAGUCCUUCUUGCGUUUUCUGCUACAGGCCAAGGAGAGACCUGGCAGGAGUCCAGCCUUCCUGUUUCAGCCCCAGAGGUUUGGCAGAAGUGCCUGGGGGUCCUGGAGCAAAGAGCAGCUAAGUCCCCGGGCUAGAGAGUUCUGGAGCCUGGCUGCCCCUCAGCGCUUUGGGAAGAAGUAACAGCCUCAUCCUCUGUGAUGUCUGCAUGCAAAAUCAACACCCUGUGUGCCACAUGUCCCCCCAAAUAAAAUGGUCUGGCUUGUGAA